AUGGAGACUGCGGGGAACCCUCGACAGGCAGACGGAUCGCGCAGAGAGGGUGUGCGAAAUGGGACGCUCAAUGAUGCAGAAAGCCCGCCCUUAUCGCCUCAGAAUGUCGAGCAUGUAGCAGAAAAUGAUGGAUUCCACCCAACGAGUGAUGCGAAUAAUGUGCGACCGUCGAUUGACUAUGGAGAUGCUGAAUCUGCAAUGGGAAUUGCGAGGAAGAUCUGUCAACUUGGUCAACAACAUAUCGACGAGCGAAGUACCACCGCAAUUCCAGGUUAUCCCGUCAGCGCCAUUGUUCCACCCGCCCGAAAGUCAGCGGCUAGACAACGUGUACCAAUCUCGAAAAUCCUUGGCCGGCCACUACCUUCGAUGGAUCGCAUGAGAGAAUUGUUGGAAUACUACUUUGAUGCGGUACACUGGUUCUCACUCGCGAUCUACGAGCCCAAAUUCCGCAGAAAGUUCGAUUCUUUAGCUGAUGGCUUUGCGAAUCCAUCCCAGAAACCCUUUUUGGUUUUAUUGGCAACUAUGCUCGGAAUGUCCUCGUGGUAUCGAUCGCAACGUUCGGGAAUUGAUUCGGGCGAACAGAAAGAAGAGUGGAAGAAGCUGAGCUCAGGUCUUCUUUCCUUGGCUGAAACACAUGUGCUGGAAUUGAUGGACCACCAUUCCAUUACAGCAGCCCAGGCCUUUAUUCUCCUAGGAUCACAUAAUGUCUAUCAUGGGCGACCUAACCUAGCAUUCUCAUUACUGGGUGCGACCAUAAAGAUCUCGCAAGCAUUAGGCUUACACCGGGAACCUCUACGGGGUGAGGUGGAAGAUAUUGAGGAGCGGAAAAGAGUUUGGUGGACCAUCUACACAUGGGAUCGAUUUGCUUCGAUUACGUAUGGCAGACCACUUGGCAUCAAUGACAAGGACUGCAAUGUCAGUAUGCCGCUAGACGUGCUUGAGAAUCCGAGUUUCGUUUCCACAGAGACAGAAUCUCAAAGCAUCUGCUAUUCUGCGUAUCAGCGAGAGUUGAAUGAGCUCUACUUAAUUGCAUCCCCUGCCUUGGAACCAGUUUUUGGCUCUCGUGCCUCCUCGGAAAAACACUGGUCUGGAGACAUGUAUGUGAGUCUCAUCAAAACGGUCACAUCACAACUACACCGCUGGCGACAUCGACUCCCUAGGCACCUGGUUUUGGAUCUCGAAAAAGACUUCUCUCCGGGAGGUACCUUGAGCUCGAGGGCGCAUGUCUUGCAAGCUCUAGCAUUGCAACUUACAUUCGACAAUCUCUGCGUUGUACUUCACAGACCCUUUCUGGCCCAGCAAGUCGAUCAUCUAUCGGCCACCCAGGAUACUCCCAGCGACCACGCAGGAGAAUCCACUCCAAUCAACGUCAACAAUACUUCCUCUUCCGAACAGGACCUCCGAUCUAAAGCUCUCUCCUCGAGGCUAAAUUCAGACCCAUGGUGGAGUGCUGCGGUGCGGACAGCUCGUGUGACAGAUUUACCCAUUCUCGCACAACUCGCUACAGAUAGCCAUCUGGUCGCAUUCCUAGCAAUCAACCUCUUCAACGCUGCCAUCGUUCUAUCUAUUAUAGCGAUCUCGGAUCCUCUGUCAGAUACAGCUCAGGUGAUGAAGAGGACGAUCACUCGCAUUUUUCGAUUACAAGACCUUCUCGGAAAAAGGUCUACCCUGUCCAAGCAGAGCACAUCUGUGUUGAAGAACGUGAUCAAUAUGCUUCUCACCCGAGAGUCACAAGCCAUGCUCGCUCCAGUUACUGGACCAGAGCCGGACAUGUCUGACCAGAUUGUGCCUGCUCCAGAGUGCUCUCUGAUGUCAGUAGAGGAUACUCUACGUCUUCCGCUAGAUGUCGCAUCGGGUCCCUUCGACACAUUGGAGGGAAGCUCAAUUCAGCAUAACCCGAACAGAAGUACUCGACUCAACGAGGGGCUAUCAUCGUUUCAAAAUGUUUUUGCGCCCGCGAACGACCGCUCCUCCUACGGCAUACCCCAAGAAAACCGGCUCGAAAGAACCGACAGUGGCAACCUGAACGAAGAUCCCUACUACGCAUGGCAGAUGCCUGCCCAGCAAGACUGGAACGAACCUGAUUUCUCUCAAGCGGGUCUUGAAGAAACCUACUUUGACAGUGGUGAAAGUGGAUUAUAUUGGCUGUGGGACAUGACUUGGAAUGCACCAGAGACCUGA